AUGACGACAAACGUAUCGUUAGAGACCUCAAUGCAGGGCACGAUAAUCCUAGAGCUCUAUACCUCCCAUGCGCCCAAAACUUGUACGAACUUCGCCACCCUCGCCAAGAGAGGCUACUACAACUCCACCAUAAUCCACCGUAUAAUCCCAAACUUCAUGGUCCAGGCCGGCGACCCCACGGGAACAGGCCGCGGUGGCACUUCCAUCUACGGCGACAAGUUCGCCGAUGAGAUCCACCCGGGCCUCAAACACACUGGCGCGGGCAUCCUUUCCAUGGCCAACGCCGGCCCGGACACCAACGGCUCCCAGUUCUUCAUCACGCUGGCGCCGACGCCGUGGCUGGACGGAAAACACACCAUCUUCGGACGCGUCAAGAAUGGACUCAGUGUUGUGAAGCGGAUGGGACUGGUCAAGACUGGACCCGAGGACAGGCCGUUGGAGGAAGUCAAAAUUAUACGGGCCUCUGUUAUUGAGGAGGGGGAUGUCGAAGAGUAA